GGGCAGGUCUCCCGGAGCCAUGACGACCCGCGCGGAGCCGAUGGGGCAGCGUCCCGGCGUCGGGGUGGGCGUCGUGGUGACCAGCUGUAGGCAUCCUCGUUGCGUCCUCCUGGGGAAGAGGAAAGGGUCGUUCGGAGCUGGCAGCUUCCAGCUUCCCGGCGGUCAUUUGGAGUUCGGUGAAAGCUGGGAAGAAUGUGCCCAAAGAGAAACAUGGGAAGAAGCAGCUCUUCACCUAAAAAAUGUUCGCUUUGCCUCGGUUGUGAAUUCUUUCACUGAGAAAGAGAAUUACCAUUAUGUCACUAUAUUAAUGAAAGGAGAGGUGGACUUGACUUAUGAUUCAGAACCGAAGAAUGUAGAGCCUGAAAAAAAUGAAAAUUGGGAGUGGGUUCCUUGGGACGAAUUUCCUCCACUGGACCAGCUUUUCUGGGGAUUACGUUGUUUAAAAGAACAAGGUUAUGAUCCUUUUAAAGAAGAAAUGGAUCAUCUGGUAGGAUACAAAGGAAAUCAUCUGUCGGUGGCCAAAAAGAUUCUUUAAUUUAAAAAAAAAAAACAACAAAAUAAGGUCUGGUUAGAGAAUGAAAAACCAUCUGUAUUUCAGAGCUGCUCCAUUUACCCAAAAGGUUCCAUUAAAUUACCACUUUAUUUACACUCUCUUAAUACACUCUUCUUCCUGUCAGCCAGUAUGUAUGAAAUUUUUUUCUGGGAUAUGUCAUUGAAUUCUGUGUCAGCCGCAGAAUAUAUGAUAAAUGGUGAUGUUGUGGUAAUCUGCUUUCCAUAUUUAAAAGCUGUCUACUCUGCCGUUUGUCAUGACUAGCCUGCGUGGAGCAGGGAGCAACAGACUCUGUCUCAGCAUUUCAGUUCAAGUAGAGGUCAUAAUUUAAAUGCUAACCUACUAUGCCUGUUACAGACUUGAUCAUGUUUGUUGAUUCUCUUUAUUUAAUAAAAGUUUUGGUAAUAUAUUGUGACAGUCUUUGAGAGUGGAGAGAACAGAACAGGCCAGUAUAUUUCCCAGGUUUCUGAGUUGAGAAUCUGAUUUCCAAGAGAAGUGGAAGAAAAAAUCUAGGAUCUAUAUUCUACCAUUAACAGGCCAUGUAAUUUUGGAUUCUAAAUCUCUGUGAGAUCCAGUGUCCUUAUGUGUAAAAUGAAGAUAUUAGACUAGAGUGAUGGUUCUCAAAGUGGGAUCUGGGGACAAUGAGAUCCUUUUAGGGGGUAUUCAAUGUCAAAAGUAUUUUUAUAAUACUAAGAUAGUUUGCCUGUUUCCCUCUGUGUUUCAUGAAUGUACAGUUUUUUCCAGCAGCUGCAUGAUGUGUGAUGUCAUAUGAGACUGAAUGCAAAAGCAGAUAUGAGGGUCUAGCUUUCUUCCGUGAAGCCAGACAUAAAAGGGAUUUGCAAAAAUGUUAAAGUCCUGCUCUUCUUACUUUUUUUGGUUUGGAAAUAUAGUUAUUUUUCAUAAAAAUUAUGUUAUUUAUGUUAACAUAGAAUGGGUUUGUUAUACAUGAAUUAAUAAAAAAUGUUGACAUUUCUGAGUUUUCAUUUUGAAUGUGGUUAAAUAUUGAUAGAUAAAACCCUCAAAAACAACUCUUUGUAGUAGUCCUCAGUAAUCUGUAAUAGUGCACAGGGAUCUGCAACCAAAAGUGAGAGAACUUCUGGAUUAUACCAUGAAUUCCCAUUCUUUUCUUUAUGAGCCCACUUCUGUGAAAUUGCAUGCUUGACUUAGAGUGGUUGCAUAUGAUUUUCUCCCUUUAAAAGACUCAAAGACUAUAGUAUAGAACUUGACUUUGUUCCAGUGAAUAAAAGUGAUUUUUUAA